AUGGUGUCCAAUGGCUUUGUCCAGGCCACUACAGCAUAUGUCACAUUACCCAAUAGGUCGUUACUGAAGCAUGUCUUUGCAACAUUUUCACUGAGAGUAGAGACCACCACCUCUUCCUUCGCUGUGAAUGGAGCCAAGAACUUUGGAGCCACUCUCUCAGGCGGAUGGGGUACAAAUUCUUAG